AGAGUUGAAUAGCGUUUUUCACUUCUUUUUUUUUUUUCAUUUUGUUUUGCUACCCUAAUAGACACGAGGACUAUUUAAAAACCCGGACCGUCGUAUCGUUCCACCGGCGCCGUCAACCUCCAAGGCUCGAACCACCAUCCUUCCACUCAACCGCGCACUUGCACUCGUCGGCUCAAGCUACCACCGCAGCACGCCUCAGCCGCCGCCAGUUAACAAGCAUUUGCUCAUAAAGAAGGAAGGAAGAUGGUGUUUGGGCAAGUAGUGGUUGGUCCUCCUGGCUCUGGAAAAACAACUUACUGCAAUGGCAUGUCUCAGUUUCUCAGUCUUAUUGGAAGGAAGGUUGCUGUUAUCAAUUUGGAUCCCGCUAAUGAUUCGUUACCCUAUGAAUGUGCUGUGAACAUCGAGGAUCUCGUGAAACUAAGUGAUGUAAUGGUGGAACAUUCGCUUGGACCAAAUGGAGGUCUUGUGUAUUGUAUGGAUUAUCUUGAGAAAAAUAUUGACUGGUUGGAAGCAAAAUUGGAACCUCUUCUGAAAGAUCACUACCUACUCUUUGAUUUUCCUGGCCAAGUGGAACUUUUUUUUCUCCAUUCAAGUGCCAAGAAUGUCAUCCUGAAGCUCAUAAAGAAAUUGAACCUAAGGCUAACUGCAGUGCAUUUGAUUGAUGCCCAUCUUUGCAGUGACCCUGGGAAGUAUAUUAGUGCAUUGAUUUUAUCCUUGUCCACAAUGCUACAUCUAGAACUCCCUCACAUAAAUGUCUUGUCAAAAAUUGAUUUAAUUGAGAGCUAUGGAAAGCUAGCCUUUAACCUUGAUUUCUAUACAGACGUGCAAGACUUGUCAUAUUUACAACACCAUCUGGAUCAGGAUCCUCGUUCUGCUAAGUACAGAAAGCUCACAAAGGAAUUAUGUGACAUUAUUGAAAACUUCAGUCUUGUGAGUUUUUCAACCUUAGAUAUUCAGGACAAAGAGAGUGUAGGGAAUUUAGUGAAGCUGAUAGACAAAAGCAAUGGGUACAUAUUUGUUGGGAUGGAAGCAAGUGCAGUUGAAUUUAGCAAGAUUGCGGUUGGUCCUGUCAAUUGGGAUUAUUAUAGAGUUGCAGCAGUGCAAGAGAAGUACAUGAAGGAUGAUGAAAAUAUUGAUGAUAAUGAAUGAUGGGGAAAGGUAGAUGAUUGAAAGAGAAUAACACCUUGGUGAGUAAUUUUACUUUCUUUAUUCAUUGUUAUGUUGCUUUUGUUUUUGUGUUGGGUGACUUGUCAUACAAUGGUGAACAGUACUUAUAGCUUGUGACUCCCAUAGCAGAUAUUGCACAGGUUAUUUAUUGUGAUAGUUUGGAUUUCUCGACCUUAUAGUAAUGAACAUCAUGAAAACAUAGCGGAAGGCAGGGGGAGUUACUACUUUCAAGAUAUUAGCUAAUUCAGGGCUUGUCCAACUGCCAAAGAAAAACUUCCAGAUUUGGCUAACUUUGUAUAAUAUUAUAAUUCUGUGGCUUAUAGUUCUGAAUGAGAUUUUUGUUUGUUCUUUGAAGUCAAUUCAUUUUAACUAUCGCAUCAAGCGUAUGUGUUUUCUCUUUGUUGGAGAUGAGCUUUACUUGUGAAUGAGUAAUAUCACAAAGGAAAUGAAUUACAUUUUGUAAA